AUGAAGUUUCUCGCUCUCAUCGCUCUGGCCACCGCCACCGUCGCCCUCCCACUGGGUGACAACCUCUUCGCAGACAGCACAGGCGGCAAAGACCUGCCAAUACUCAGCAGCUUCGGUGAGAAGAAACUCACCACCAAGGCAAAGGGCCCAGGUAACGCCAAGGGAACUGGCAACUUUCUCCCUGGACUGACGCAGCUCGACAAAUUGUCGAUCCCCAAGCGCGAUGCUGCUGCCCUACCUGAGCUCACCGUCGGCGUCCAGGGUGGCAAGGUCGUGAAACGCACGGCCAAGGCCGAGGCUAAGCUGCCACUCGACCAGCCUCUAGGAGAAAAGGGCAUCGAAGGAACUAAGAUGUUGGGCUUCUUGCCAAAGACGGGCGGAAUCCUGAAGCGUUGGUUUGGGCUUGGAGGUGGUGAGGCGGAGAUUGAGAAAAGGCAGAGUGGCCAGGUCACCAAACAAUUGGGCAAGGGUGGCUUGAACAGCAUUAACAAUUUGAAGCAAGAUCCCAACGAGAAGACUUUGGGAAACUCGAAGCUUCUUGGUCUGCCCAUCGGGAUCUUGAAGAGGGAGUGA